AUGUCUUUUCGAUCUACCAUUGUAGCUGCGGCUGCCAUUUUCGCCACUGCCAACGCUCACGUUGUCAUGAAGGCGCCCGUGCCUUACAGUGUUGACAAGCUUGACAACAGCCCCAUUACGAAGGCCCAGUACCCCUGCAAGUCCCAGAAUGGGUUCACUGUCUCCACGAUGAACUCCAUGAAGGUUGGCGAGACGAACAAACUAGAGCUUUUCGGCAGUGCAGUGCACGGCGGAGGCAGCUGCCAGCUAUCGGUGACUCUAGACACAGAGCCUACCCCAGAUUCCGUCUUCAAGGUCAUCAAGUCCAUGGAAGGUGGCUGCCCUGGCGUCGAGGGCGAAGCAGGAACAUACGAAUUUGUACUCCCCGAUAGCAUUCCUAACGGAAAAGCUACCUUUGCCUGGACCUGGAUGUCGAAGCUCUCAGGUGGCCCAGAACUUUACAUGAACUGCGCCCCUAUUGAGGUCACUGGAGGUUCCGACGACAAGAGUGCUUUUGAGAAACUUCCAGACAUGCUGAAGAUCAACCUCGACGAUUCCUGCAAAUCGGUGCCAAACUUCGCCGUCCAAUUCCCAGACCCUGGCAGUGUUGUGCAGAAGGGUGCUACAAACGAUCUGAAGCCGCCGACUGGAAGCGGAUGCGGUUCGUCUGGUUCUACUCCCGCAGACCCAUCUUCUCCAGCUGGUGGUCAGCCAUCUGCUUCUCCUUCCGCUCCCAACGAUGGCCAGUACUCUGCUGCUCCAACCUCUCCAGCUGGUGGCGCGCCAUCCACUGCUCCUACAUCUGUUGCUGGUGGCGAGCCAUCUCCUCUGCCAUCCAACGGUGGCGGUGUCUUCGCUCCCGGAGCCUCCAGCGCUGCAUCUGUCGCUCCCUCAGCUGCACCCACUGUUCCAGGAACUUCCACCACGCUCGUCACCGUCACUGCCUCGCCAACUGCUCCAUCGCCAGCUGCACCCACCGUCCCUGCUGGAACCGGCUCCCCUGCCACUCCUUCCACUCCUUCUACUCCUUCAGCUGGUGGUAGCUCAGGCGCUUGCACUGAGAACGGCUCAGUAGUCUGCAACGGCACCGACCAGUUCGGUCUCUGCAACAACGGCGAAGUCGUCUGGCAAGCAGUCGCUGCCGGCACACAAUGCACCAACGGCAGUAUCACCAAGCGUGGCUACCACGGCCGUAUCGCCCGCCCUCGCCGGUCCAACCGCCGCCACGGUCACUAG